GACGAACCUCAGCUUUCUUGGUGUGCCUCAACUAGGAAUGUGACCUGCCUCGGUCCUUCCCCCUCCUGUAUUCUACAAGAAGUAGUGCCUAUUUCUACUCAUAGUACUGGCACGCAGUUGGACACACAUAACCACAAUGUUGCAAAAGGAGCGAAGUUUUAUUCAUUGGACCCGAUGGAGAAAUUAUGAAAAUACAAGUAGGAAAUCAUUGUGCGUACACCUAAACUCCAAGUCCAACAAUAAUUAUCUCGCUCUCAUUUCCAGAAGGCGUCUUCCUUCAUCGAUGCCAGGGUGCUAAAAGCUUGCACGAACAACCUUGCCUGACCACGUCGUCCGUCCAGAACAAGACGCAGGAUCAGCAGUAUGUAUUUCACCGCUGCGCACGCGAGCGGCAAGAUGGCAACUACUCCAUCUUCUCCACCGAGCGGCCGUAAUGCUAAGAGUCAACAACCGAAACCCAAGCAGGCCUUCGGUGCCUCCGUGCUUCCGCUCGAGCGCGGGUAUCCGGUCAAGACUCCCACGGACGACUCUAUCAUCUCCAGCGGGCAUCCGAGAAACAAGAAACCGGUUGCAGCAGCGGCAGUCCCAAAGAAAGCGCGGAGGUCGGUGGCACAGAUCAUGCAGCAAGGGCACAGAGCUGGAGGCGUACUUCGUGGUCGACCACCUCUGGGGCGCCGGGUAAUCGCUACUGAAGAAGAAGACGACGAGGACGGCAUGUACGGUGGCGUCUUCUACAACGGUGCUCCCUACUACGAGGAGCAACAGAAACGAAGAUCGAGGUCAUCCUCUGCUCCCCGUGCCGCACCAUCCACGACGGCUUCCCCAGCGGACGAAGACUAUCGACUGUUGCACCAACAGCGGGGCAUUUUGCGCCAAGCGGCCCAGUCCGCCUCGCGGCCCUCGGCUGCGUUGCGUGCAGCAAGCGUCGGAGCAGCGGCGGAUCUCAGGUUUUCAGCCGGCGCGCCAGCUAUUGGAGCAACAACUUCUAAGCCGGUACUUAUCCCCGGCGGACCGGUUUUGGCGACACAAAGAGCUGCAGCUGGUGCGCAGAAAAACAGUAUUAGUACAUCUCGCGGUAGGGGUAGCGCAGACGGAGAGGACGAGGCGAAGAGGAGCACGUCUUCAAAGGCAUCCGCAAAUAAGACCCGGUCUUUGUCGAGUGACGCAGCACGACGAAACAAUACUUCUCGUUCUCGGCCCACGAGUGUGACUCCGCCGGAGCCGAAUGCCAGGGUUCCCACGCGUUUCUACCGUUUUGGAUUGGAGCAUGACGGGGCAGAUGUUGGACAACAUCAAUUGAAAUCACGGAUCAUGGGGACCAAAAGCGCGGACCCGCCAGCCGGUAAAACUGCGAAGCAAAACCGCGUUUCUUUCCUCUAUGCGCCGAUCCACGCCUCAAAACCCGCCCAGAAGCGCAAGACCACGACACCGGGGAUGAAUAAUACGACCAACGAUAAAAGACAAAGAGCAGCUCCCGGCGCUACAUUAGCAUCUUCGAGAACGACUUCCGCCCUGGGCCGCUUGGCGUCCCUGUUCGACGGCUCGUUUGGGAGGGGCGUCGGGAAUGUGAUGGCGAAGCAGGAGCAACAAGAUAGCGGUGCCAGUAGUUCCUCAGCUUUUGCUGCUGCUGAUGACAUCAAGUCAGAAUCAUCCACCGAAGAGGAAGUUGUGGCCGUUCGCGGACCUUCGGGACAGGUGUACAACAUGAGAGUCACGGACAUUGAAGACUUGAAAAUCAACCACAGAAAGAACAAAACCUCAAGAACAGUUUCGGCGCCCGCGAAAAAACUUUCCUCCUGGCACUUGCCAUCCAACAUGGAGAUCGGCGGCGCGUGGUCGGAAACCAGUGGGAGUGAACAAGAAGUUCUUGCUACGGAGGAUGAGCAAGAGGCUGGUGGCCGAACAGUCCGAAAUAAGAACGCUUCGCAGCAGCCAGCGAAAAUCCAAGUGCAGAAGAACGAACUAAUUCUCACAGACGAUGCUUCAGACGAUGAAGACCAUGGCGACGCGGUGAGUCAGACAGACGCAGCUGUAUCGGGGGGAACUACAAUCGGUCAGUACCUACGCGGGCCGUGCGGGAAGCGACAGAACAAGCAGAACCAGAAUGAUGGUCUGCAAAAAAUAAAGAGAACCGCUUUUGUCGCAGCACGGCACCAGACCAACCAGAAGUACCAUCUGCGCGGGGCUGGUGGUGGUCUACACACAGCGCACGAUUUGAAGCAAAAACAAGUCCUCCACCGGGACCACAAAGGAGCUGCAGCACACCAUCAACAUCUCCGUGGUCCUGUGAAGAAAACCGCCCGAUUUUUGCCCCCGAUUGGUGCCCGCUACCGAACCCCGGAGAGUAGUCCGAAGAGGGACCGCAGUGCAGGACGCGGCGGGAUUAUUUCAUCCCCUGGAGCUUCUCCGACGCGGCGAAGCGUUGCGCUGCAGCAGAAGAAGAUGAAGAGGCUGGUUGUACCCGCAGGGGCGUACCGGACCAGCAAGUCGCAGUCGCAGGAACGGCGCCGUAGCCGUUCGUCGUCCCGGGACAGCAGCGCGUUCUUCGUGGAUUACGCGGUGCCGCCCGGGGUUUUUGUCCAGGAUGAAGCUCGUGUGCAGCAACUAGAGCUGUCCUCAGAUGGGUCUCGAAUGCGAGCAGUAGAACAACCUUCUGGGGUCGUCGUCCGCCCGGUGAAGAAGCGAAGGGCGUCGCCAGGUGGUACAACUAGAAGCGCUUCGACGGGUCGUGAUCGCAAGCAACUACAGGAGUCCUCCGGACCUAUUAACACAGCUUACCCGGCGGUGCACAAUAAACUCGAGAAACAGAAAAAGAAGGCACGGAAGACGAGGCAGAGUUCGACGAUGAAAGAAGACCAGCAACAGUUUUUGGACCGGGAAUCGCUUCUGCGGUAUGUGGAAGAGGAAAAUAGCCAACUACGGGAUUUCCACAAUCUGUUGAAUGACUACGAGUUGUACAAUGAUAAUCUUGCUGUACAACUAGCUAACUCGCUGGACGAAGAUGAAAAAACUUCGUCGAACACUGUACCUGACAGCGCGACCACCCGACCAGGAGCUGCUGCCACGGUUAUAAGGAACAACAAGUACGAGUACCAGAAGAUCCUGGAAGAAGAUGAACAAGUUAGAGCUCCUGCAGGUUCAGUCGGAGAAGUUGCUUUGUCGAAUUUAGAGCCGUUGGCCCAGGAGGCGAGCGAACUGCAGAUGUACCGGGAGAAGACGGCCGCAAUCCGGAAACGCUUAGCGGACCGGGACGCGCGACUCAGGAGCUCCAUGGAGGCCGGGGGUGACGGUAGAAACGACAAGAAGGGCAUAGUAGACGAGAAAAUAUCAGAACCCCCCGUCGAGAUCGAGAUGCGGGACUUGUCGCCGAAAGGCGGCCUGCACGCGUUUCGGGACACGCGGAUCAGUCAGGAGUCGUUCCACUUGUUGCAGUCCGGUGGGGAAAGAGAGCCCUCGCCGGAAGUAGGACAGGAGAUGAUGUCAUACAACACAAACGAGAAUGAUAACGACUUCGAGGUAGAUGGUGAAAACGACGACCAGCAAAGGUUCACAAAAGUAUUAACCGAUGCGCAUGACAAUUACGCGCGAAGUAGACUAAAUGGUGCUUCCAUGAAGACAGCUGCGAGUCGACCAGGCGGCUUGUCCACAGGAGGUUCAAUCACGAGCAAGCCCGGGACGAGAGGAGGUAGCAGUGUCACGUCGCAAGGAACAUCGUCACCAUCGAAAGUAGCCGCCCAAGGGCAGCAGCAGGAGCCUGUUACUGCAGUCCGCUCCGGCUUCGUGGAAACCCCGGACGCGGGAUUGGCGCCACCCUUCGCGAAAACCUUGGAUCCGCUGAGCCUCACCGGGUUCCUUCUGAAUACCCUGUGCUCCCGCUUCACCCUGCAGCGGUUGCUGAACUUGAUCUCGCUCGGCGCCUGUCUCUGUGUGCUGGUCUCGAGCUACCCAGAGCUGCUCGCGACGCCGAAAUUGAACGUUAUCCGCUUCAUGGAAGAGGGAAGAAGCACCGCUGCAUCAACUACUUCUUCUUUCGCCGAGCGGGUUUUGGGCUUUCAGAAGCAAAUUUUGGACCAGGAGAAAAUUUUCCUGCCGGAAAAUGGGAGCUACUUUGUGGAAAAUUUGAGCAAUUUCCGAGACGCUUUGCGCUGGCUGGUGACGCCCAGCUUUGGCUCAUCUUCAGCAAAAGACCUCGAGUUCGAGGAAAGAAACAAACAGAGAAAUAUACUCGCGUCAAAUGAGAAAGCAACGGGGAUGCCGGCGCCGGGGGAUGGGAGAGUGGUCCACUGGUUGCACACACCGGCUUCAAAGCACGAGCUAGACCAGCAGAAGGAAUUCUUGCAGCCGUGGUCCUCUUCGACUUCUGCAUCUGCCAAACCGACCUCCCACCCCGCAGAGCCCAUCGCCCCCAGCCCGGUGGAGUCGAGGGGAAGUAGAAAUAUAUCAGAGCAGGAGGAACUACAACUACAUCAAAUGGUGGGUAGUUCGAAGAACGUUGUUGAGGCUGGUAAUCGUAUUUCGGUGGAAACAAGCGAAAGUGGCCGUGGCGAAGAAGUAGAAGCGACGUCGACCACUUCAGGACCGAAUUUGAGCACUGGUGUUUCGCAGGCGGCAACGUCUACGGUGGCAGUUCUUGAUAAGGAGAACAAGGUCGAAGAGCACUUGAACACGCCAGAUAGCAUCAAUUUCUACCCCGAGCCCUGGUUGGAGAAGGCGGGCAAGCAGGUCUUCGCGUGGCUGCUCGGGACGGAUUACUUUCCACGACUGGUAGAAGAUGAACUACAUCAUCAAAGCAGUUCUAGUACAACAAGUCGACGAAAUUCUAGCAGUAGUGAGGAAUAUUCCACAAGUUCCACCGCGCCCGGCGCUGCAGCAGGAUCAUCGGGACGGCCAGGAAGAACAACAUCAAGAAACACCGCAAGUACACGAUCGACAGGAAGUAGCGUGCCUUGGAUGGAGUACAUUUCGAAACUAUCCUCCACUUCUCCCUACAGUUCGAGGAACCCCGAUGACACCUGGGGAAACGGAUUUUGGAGGUAUGUGAAAGAACACAGCGGGGGACAAGGAUCACCAACAUCUACAACUUCCGGCGAGAAGAAUGUUAAGAAUUCAUCAUCUUCAUCAGCCGCCGGAAGGAGAGAAACAAAGUCAAAUUCUACUCCAGCAAAGCCCACCGCGGCGGCAAGUGCGAUUCUGCAUGUUGACGGGGAUCUUCACGCGGCCCACGUCGAGGAAGAUAUUGCGCAGCAAGCUGCUAGUGCCGAAUCUUUAUCCGGGACAUCAUCAUCUUCACCAUCGAGUAGAGUGGUAGAAACAAGAACUCGGGAAGAUCAAGAGCAGGAUCAACAUCUGAGCCCUUCCGUCGAGGAAGCCGCUAGAAGUGGUACGACAACCAUGACCACCAGCACCGAACAGGGAAUAGCAGAGGAGACGCCUUCAAGCGCUGUCAAGAAGAUAAAGAUUGAAGACAAGGAGGGUGCUUAUUCUACCGGCAGGGGGCCGCUUUUACUGAUCUUUUGGGCGUUUGUCACGGCGUCGUUGUUACGCGGCCUGCGGGAGGUCGCUGGGGUGGGGGAACGCCAAGCGCGCGGGACCGAGGAAGAAGUGGAGGACCCUGGUAAGCUGAUCAUGCUGGGAUAGCUGCGUCGUGUUCACUUUUUGAAAAGUUUCAUAUCAAUCCUGUAUCAUGCGAUCCUUAGCCUUAUGUCGUAAGUAGGUAUGUUGCUUCUCAUCUGUUCUUACUAGCUGAGAUUGGUGAUCAUACUCAUACAUAAUGAUGAGUUGCAAAUUGAAGUGCCGUGUAAUAUCUCCCUACAGGCCUGCAAAACCAGCAGCAACGGGACAAUCGUGACAAUGAGGAAGUAGAAGACUCUAACUCUUCCGAUGAGCCGCCAGAAGAGGAAGACUCAGUCUCAGACGAAGACGACGCAAACGCCGAGAAUUACAGCACCACGAAAAUGACAACGUCAUCACGAGUGAACAAAGGUCCGCGAGAAUCAGCGGCUGAGCAGGCUGGACCGGCAGGUGUUGACCAAGAAAAAGAAUCUUCAGUCGACACCGUCCCUGACCGCGUGAGCGGUGACGAGAUCUCCUCAAAUGAGCCUAGACCAUCAGCAAACCUACCGAGUGCAACAAGUUCUGGUGCUGGCCGUUUAUCCAGAGGCGCCGAAGGCGUUACGGGCGGUCGUAGUGUCUCAAAAACGCAAUCGAGUACGACUUCCCCACCGGCGGUGCAGGCGGAGGAGCUGAGUAUCUUGGUCCAGGAUGCGCCGAACAUGAAUGGCCGAAGGUGCAACUGGAACUGCUCCGCUUGAAUCUGAAACGUAAAACCAAAAACUUCAAACUCAAUUAUACCUAUGUAAAAUUGCGCGCGGUUUCAAACAUGUUCUUCUCUCGUAAUAGAUCUCGAUCUUUUUUUUUUUUUUCACGAGUCAUGCUGUACUAUCCCUUGAUAAAUUACUAGUGCUACCCAACCCAAAAACGGAGAUGGCGGAAAGCAAUUAUGUUUCUGUUGCUUUCAAAUAAAUCCGUGGCCAGGGAACUGUACAGUUCCGCUAUAUUAAUACUAGCCAGGUAUUGAUAUUGUAAGAUGAACGACGAAAUAGAAAUAAGGUCGUCCCACUCCCCCCAACACAAGAAUUCCACACAACCCCGCGCGACAAGAAGGAAAUGUCACGCCCCACCCACCUGAUACCUACAUCAACCAGGCUUCUACAACUAAAUA